CUAAUAAUUAAACGACACCGUGGCGCACCAGAAGGUCAAAAGUCGAGACAACUUCAAGACUCAGAGACCAUUUGCCAGUUGGAAUUUCAUGCUCUUAGUUUAUGGUAUGUAAAAAUACAGCCAUAGCCUCCAGCAGAUGAGCUAUCACAUAAAUCAUUCCAUAUCUCCAUCCAAGCAAGCCCGAUACCGGUCUUCCUCGUUACUUGGGGGACGCAUAAGCCGGGCCUCAAAAUUAAAAACCACCCUGAGCAUCCCAAAGGAUUGGUAUUCCAAAUAUUGGAGCCAAGCCAACGGCUCUAAAUCGGGGUAAAACGGGACCUGCCCGUGGUGACUCGGGGCUCCAUAUCUAUUUGGCAAUCAUAGCCCUGGGAUUGCCUCCUCUCUUGUUGGAUUUAGAAGACGAUACGCCGUCAUGAUACCUUCACAGGGAUAUCAAAUGGACUUCUCUUCCGAGGAACUCAGGCGACAGGGAGAGGAGCUCAGGUCCAAAAUUCAUGCGUUUGCCGACCACUACCGCCGUGUUGUGGACGACAUCAGUCCGUAUGGUGCAGACAUGGUAGGCUUGAUGAUCGGACCCCUGAGAACACUACUGGAGAACGAGAUCCAAAGACUCGAAGGCGUGAUCAAGAAGUCGGAAAAGGAGACACCGACUCGGCAGACUUUCUCGGGAAGCAACCUGCCUUUCAUUGAAGCGUUGUGGAACCGCGCCGAACAAUGUGAAAACAUCGUCGCGUUCCGGAAAUGGGUGUCUGUCGGGCUUAUCAAGGAGAAAGAAUUGUUGGCGCCCGGGAUUCACAUCGUCCCAUCGCCCGGGGAUUCAUCGCGGAAGGCCCAGAAGACCAUCGUCGAUAUUAUAGCCGAUGAUGGCCAGACGUGGGUCAAAGUGUACACCACGACGUCCAAGAGGCUUCUCUGGGAUAUGACAAAACUCGGAUGGGCCAUAGGUAUUGACGAAGAAGAAAGCGAUGAAGACGAAUCAGGGGCGGGCGAUUUUGACGAACUGCCAAUUUUCAAGUGUGCAAAGGAUUUGGCAGAUGCCGCGAGCGUUCAUAGAAUCCGGGGAAAGCAUCCCGUCGUUCACCUGGUGUUGACCCGGAUUAACGAAGGAGAAGUCAAAGAUAUCGAUCGGGUACUGCAGGGGAUUCGCAACCUGGGGGUCAACGUCUCAUGCUGCGGCGGUGGCAGUAACACCCCACCGGUCCCGCUGUCCAGCGAGACUAUGCAGAGAAUGGCUCCGAGCCCAUUCUCCAAAUUUACCAACGUCCUCAACAUCGACACAUCCGUGCUGAUUGCUUUGAUAUCCGACUUCUGCCAUACUCAUGUCCUGAGCAAGCCUCAUUUUCAUCGAAUGCAGCGGGAUCAUCUCGCAAACGAGGAGAAAUGGCACAUGCUGCCAUGCUGGAUUUACCCUGCGAUCAAGGACCACGAGAUGGUCUGCACCAAAGAGGCGGUCGACACAUGCGAGCUCAUCGUUAACACCCUUGGGACCGAAACAGAGAAAGCACGAAUGAAACUCGUCUUAUCUGAUGAUCCCAACGUGUCUCGCGAGAAAAUCAUCAAGGAAUACAGAGAGAUGUCCAUCUACGAUGUACCAGAAGGCUUCCAGCUCCCCCUGCGGGUAGUUGACGGGAAGACCGCAGAAUGGCAGGCGCACCUGCCGGAAGAGGUGAAGCAAGUACUCGAGGAGAUUAACAAUCCGACCAAGUCUGUCUUUGCCUACGGAUGGGCAGAACAGCUGACAACCUUGACUUCUAACGGAGUCGCGAUCAGUAAGCUUACUCAAACCCUCGAAUAUCUUGGAGAAGGGUUCAGCGACGCAUGGCCUUUGAUGUGGUUGUUUCCCUUCAGUCGAGCGUUGGUUGGUACCCCAAAACCUGGGCGGGAAACGGAGCCGGUCACGGUAGCUGAGGAACGACAAAGCGGUGAAAAGACAAUUUCCAGCAGAGUAGUUGAAGAUUCAUAGAUACAGGUUCGGUAAAUCCUGCUGCUACUGUGAGACUCUAAUGAUCCGGCAUGCUGAGCUACAUCGAAUAAACGCCAACUCAUGCACAGUAUACCGGAGGUCAUCAAUAUUCACAGAUACCAACCAUCACGGCGUUACCUAGAUAUGGACCAGGUCAAUCUCCGUUAAGGCUCAUACGCGUAUCAUGCUUGACUUAGACAUGCCAAAGAGACACA